GCGGUAGUGCUACCAACAGAGGUUCGCAGAAGUUUGUGCAAUCAGCUACGACAGUAGUAGUGCUCAGAGAAAGCGAUACGAGAGACAACGUGUUCCACAAAGUGAUCCUAACCCGUACACACCAGCAGCAGCAGCAGUCCACGUUCGGGAAGGUGAAAAACAACAGCAAUCAAACAGCACAGAGUGUGAAUCCCAAUCCCGUUCAAUUGUUGUUUCGACAAAACAAACCUAAGUAAAUCCAUCGCAAAAUGCCACGACGAGGACGUUCGGCAUCGCCACCACCGGCCGCUCGCAGAGCGCCACCACAGGCCGCUGCUCCGGCCCCGGUUCAGAGGCAGCCGAUGGUGCAGCAGGCGGCACCCGCUGCACCGAUGGCCGCCCCAAUGGCGGCUCCAUCGCAGGGACCUGGCCUGAUGGCACAGAUGGCCGCGACCGCUGGAGGCGUUGCCAUCGGUUCGGCUGUGGGUCACACGGUGGGUCACGCGCUGACCGGUAUGUUCAGUGGGUCGGACUCGAAGGAAGCAGCCCCCGCCCAGGCAGCCCCGGUGCAGCAGUACGCACCGGCUGCACCAGCGGCAGCCGAGGGUGGCCCGUGCGCCUGGGAGAUCAAGCAGUUCAUCUCCUGCGCCCAGAACCAGUCCGAUCUGACGCUGUGCGAGGGCUUUAAUGAAGCGCUCCGCCAGUGCAAGGUACAGCAUCAUAUGUGAAGAGCGCACGAAGCGGUACGAUGGGAGCGACCACCAGCAACAGCAGCAGCAGCAGUAGCAGCAUGAUGGGGCCCCUCGGGUAGAGUCAGUGAUCGGCCAGGGCAGGCAACCGUCGGUAACGAAUAAAGCAAAACAAAAAAGAACAAGAAAACCAAUUAGCAAAGAGGUGCGCAACCCCACCCGACAACCAGCCGGGCUUCGUUGUUGCAACGAUGCUUACCCGUUAAGAGUUCCUUCUCGCCACGAUGCCGAGAGUUAGUUGCCUCGGUGUAGUUGUGUGUGUGUGUGCGUGUAUGUGGUAGCGGUAGUUUGUGGUCGCCCGGAUUGACCUCGAGCAAGGACUCCGAUCGUGAGUUUGCCGGUGCCAGUUCUGGCUCCCAAUCUAUUCGCUCAGAACCUACCCUCCUGUGUAGCAGUAGUAGGCACGUGGAUGAAUAAAGUUUAAGCUUCUCUCUAGUCUAACCACGACAA